ACUUUUAUCAAACUGUACGGACGGAUAUUCCGUGGAAGAGCGACUCUGUUCUGUUGCUUUAUCGUGUUUUCGGAUCUAAACUUUAAAUCCUUCAUCUGAAACUCCAAAUCAAUUAUUAUGAUUUUGAUUUGAAAAACAAACAAAAAAAUCAUUUGUUUUUCACACUUUUUUUGGCUUUUUUUGGUGUUUAUUAUAAUAAUUUAUUUCAAUUUUUUUGUUUAAAUGAUCCAAAUCUGACAAAGCCAUGAGGAAGAAGCUUGACACUCGUUUCCCAGCUGCUCGUAUAAAGAAGAUCAUGCAAGCUGAUGAGGAUGUUGGGAAGAUAGCGCUGGCUGUGCCUGUUUUAGUUUCUAAAGCAUUGGAAUUGUUUCUGCAAGACCUUUGUGACCGCACAUACGAAAUCACCCUUCAACGAGGAGCAAAAACUAUGAGUUCAUUGCAUUUAAAACAUUGUGUGCAGAGCUACAAUGUGUUUGAUUUUCUGAGAGAAAUUGUCGGUAAGGUACCUGAUUAUGGUCAUGGUCAUGGUCACAGUCAUUCUGAUAAUGCGUCAGAACAUAAGACCCUGCAAAAGAGGAAGCCAAUUGGGGAUGAGGGCAAUGACAGUGAUGAGGAGUCAAAGAGAAGCAGGAUGCAGGAAAUAAGCCAUUCAGGCAGCAGUGGAAGGGGGAGGGGCCGUGGUCGGGGGAGGGGCCGUGGUCGAGGUGCUCGAAAUGCAGAACGAGAUUCUUCUCAUCGUGAAGCUGAAUCUGAACCCAGUACCGUUCAGCAAGCCACAGCAAAUAACUCAAAUUCUGGAGUAGCCAUGGACGAUGAGCCAGAGUCUAAAGAGUUAUUGAAGGAAAAUAUGAUAGUCACUGAUGGUGCCAAUGUGGCAGAAAGAAACUUUGAUCUGAACGCUGAGGUGAAUGAAAAUGAUGAUGCAAAGGCUACAGCAGCAACAGCUGCUGCUGCUGCUGCUUCCAUCGCUACUGGGGUAGCAGCUACAGCAUCAACGACAACCGCAACACACGCGGUCGAUAGCUCAUCAGUGGCGCCUCCAGUGGAAACUAAUCCCGAAGAAUAUCCAGGUUGGCCACUUUCUGAAAUGGAUAAGAUGGCCAUUAACCCUCUUCAGCUUGCACAACUUGGUGCAGGGAUGGAUGAGGAGGAAGAUUAUGAUGAAGAAGGCUAACUUAUUAUGUGUUAGAUAUGAGCUGUAAUUUGAGUGGUUGAAUUAUGAUAAAGGGGCGCAAAGACAAGGAGAUAAAAGUAGCAGAAGAUGAAGAACCGUAAAGACAACUGAUAAUUGGAGAAUGAACUGGUGGUGGAAGUAAGAUAGUAAUCUUUUAGGUUUUCUAUCGUCUCUCUUUGUGCAUCCUCGGUCACGCCAUCCCCUAACAACCAACCUCUUUCAGUAGUAGUAGAGUUGCUAACAGUAUCAGAAUACUAGCUUAUAGAUUGUGUGAUUUAAAUGUAGGAGCAGGAUGAGCACAGCAGCCUUAGUAGAAGCUGUUGAGCGAGAUUAUUAUGCAUGGACUCUUUGUAGUAAUUGUAGUGUAAGUUAGGCAACAUUUCAUUAGUAUCUGAUAAUUGAUAAUAUUAUGAGCCACUUCUAGAUUGCUGCAAA